CCACCCCCACCACCACCAAAGCAGUGAGUUGGGUGGGUGCCCUGUGUGCGGAAUUGGAAUAUAGAAUCUGCUCUGUGGAUCUCUUUCCUUUUGGAGCUAUCCCAGCAGGACAGGGAGGCCAUGAAUAGCAGCAGCACUUCCCACUCUUUAACCCAAAGAGUCGUGCACCGAGAAGAUCAGUAGAGGAGGUGGGUUGCAAACGCACCAUGGCGGGGAGUGGCUACACAGACCUGCGAGAGAAGCUGAAGUCCAUGAUGCCUUAUCGGGACAACUACAAAGGCAGCAGCCUGCGGGAACCCACAGAGUCCCCCUAUGGGGCAGUUGGGGGUGCUGCUGCCACAGAGCGCAAACGCAAGUACCAUGAGGACUCAGACUCUGAGCCCAGUGACUAUGAAGAGCAGCAGAAGGAAGAGGAGGAGGCCCGGAAAGUCAAAAGUGGCAUCCGGCAGCUUCGUCUCUUCAGCCCAGAUGAAUGUGCCAAGAUCGAAGCUCGGAUCGAGGACGUGGUAUCUAGAGCUGAGAAAGGCCUCUAUAAAGAGCAUACGGUGGACAGGGCCCCUCUUCGGAACAAAUAUUUCUUUGGAGAGGGCUAUACGUAUGGGUCCCAGCUUCAGAGGCGAGGCCCUGGUCAGGAAAGGUUGUACCCUCAGGGGGAAGUGGAUGCCAUCCCUGAGUGGGUGCAUGACCUGGUGAUCCGGAAGCUGGUGGAGCACAGGGUGAUUCCUGAGGGCUUUGUGAACAGUGCCGUGAUCAACGACUACCAGCCCGGUGGCUGCAUCGUCUCCCACGUGGACCCUAUCCACAUCUUUGAGAGGCCCAUCGUCUCUGUGUCUUUCUUCAGCGACUCUGCGCUCUGCUUUGGGUGUAAGUUCCAGUUCAAGCCCAUCAGAGUCUCCGAACCCGUCUUGUUCCUGCCAGUGAGGAGAGGAAGUGUCACUGUACUAAGUGGAUAUGCAGCUGAUGAAAUCACGCACUGCAUUCGACCCCAAGACAUCAAGGAGAGGAGAGCUGUCAUCAUCCUCAGAAAAACAAGACUAGAUGCUCCUCGAUUGGAAACAAAAUCGCUGAGUAGCUCUGUGUUGUCACCAGGUUACACCUCUGACCGUCUGUCAGGAAGCAACAGGGACCAGAUCCUGAAACCAAAGCGGUCCCAUCGCAAAGCAGACCCUGAUGCUGCUCACAGGCCACGGAUUUUAGAAAUGGAUAAGGAGGAGAACCGGCGCUCAGUCCUCUUACCAAAACAUAGGAGAAGGAGCAACUUCAGCUCUGAGAACUAUUGGCGAAGGUCUUACGAGUAUACGGAGGACUAUGAGGAGGAGGAGGAGGAUGGAAGUCCAGCCCGGAAAGUUAAAAUGAGGCGACAUUGAGACAUGAACUUUCUGGAGUCUCAAAGCUGAAGAGAUUGGCCUCCAAUUGAUGAAAACUCCCCCUUCCUCCCUCUCCACCCUCCCUCCACCUCCCAGCUAUUUCUCAUCUAGCUUCAGUUUUGUGUUUUCCUUUCAGGCUGAAGAAUAAUUGGAAAGAAUAUGGCUAUUUGUUUUUAUUAAUGGAGUAAUACUGAGGCCUAAGUAUUGAUGGAAUACGGAAGGUGCCACCGGCAGUUUCCAAAGUGGUUCCGCAAAGGCGCAUCUUCUCCCUCGUCAAGUGGCUGCUGUUACAGUUGUGCCAGCCUGCCCAGUCUAUGGUUUUGAAAAUACCAAAAAGUUAACUGUUUCCUUACUGAAGAUUUAAGAAUUUCAGUUUUUCCUUUGCUUUAAGUUCACCUGUGUUUCUUUUAAUAUGUUCUAAAUACCUUGUUUGACCCCAAGAGUUGAAACUCUUUGUAGUGGCCUCAUACUCCAUGCUACACCAAAGGGCUCCUAAAUUCCUGCUUCUGUUUAUUACAUAGUUUGGAGAGGGGGUUGGUUUGUGUGGGGGGGUGGUUUUUUUUUUGUUUUGUUUUGUUUCUUUUUUAAGGUGUCCUACACCAACUGGAAGUUUGAAGCUUUGUAGGCACCUCUUAUUGCAAUCCAUUACAAAGUAUUUAGGAUAUUUGUUGCACUUUAGUAACAGUUUUUAAUGCCCUAUGCUUUCCUCCUUCCCCCCACCCACCCCUCCCACUAGUUUGGGCUUGCAAGCAUCUUGUUUUCUGCACUGCUAACUGAAGGAUGUAUUCUCUCUGCAAAGGCCAGACAUAAGCUCUUGCUCAGAUCAGUGCUUCUUUAGGUCUCCACAAGGAGAAAACAGGCUUUUUUGGAAAGAGGGAGGAACAUUGGAUUUGAAGUUGCUCCAUUCGCUUGACCCUUCUUGCUAACAGCAUCGUUAUAAUAUAUUCAGAUUUUUUUUUAAUCUAUGGAUAAGUGUCUUAGUUGGCUUGAUUGAGGCCUGUCAGGUGACAAGGCUGAGCUGUGUAUUGGUCCCCUAGGCCUUUGAGUAAGAAAGAUUUGUGCAUGUGUGUUGGAUACAUGUUUUUCCCUUCUCCAAGCUAAGGAACAGUCAGACCAACAUGUGCAGGGCUAGCAGAUUGCACUUGAAGGAAUGUGCCUUGGCGACACCUGGGGAAGAGCUGUCGUUAUGUUGGCUAGCAUCUUGGCAGAAGAGGAUCUCUGCCUUUCUGAUUCAGGAGGGUAAGGACUCAGACUAUGUUCUCUCUGGAGUACUCUGUUUGAGGAUGCUUCAGAGCAUUGCACCAGCUUGAAAAAUCUGUCAAGCUUCUCAGCCACAAAGAUGCUCUGAUGCACGGAAAAAGUGUGUGAUAUUGCUAGUGCUAUUGGGGGGGAUAGACUUGUUCUUCCCUCAGUAACUUCUGGAUGCCUGGUGGUUGGCCUUUUGAGGCAGGUCUGCUUUGCUUAGAUGUCAGAUGCCUUCCAUGUAACUGUUCAUAGCAUCAGCGCCCAUCACAAUUGGUCUGUGUCCCUCUUCUUCUGUUGUCUCAGUAAAUAGAAAUUCUGGGUGCAGUGAGUCUCUUGGACAGCUACUUAGUGCUGUGACUAGAACUCCUUGAGUCCAAGGAGUUAAUAGGAGAAUUUAGGUAUUUUAAUAUGCUUUUCUGAUCAUCUUUCCAUAUUACCCUGGCUCGAAGCCUCAAUGAGUUGUCAAAAUUUGGGGUCUAAUAACUUAUUUAGUACCCUAAUUUUAAUUAAUAAAAAUUAAAACGCUGAUUCCUUGAAUCCAGAUGUCAGCAGUUGCAAAGAUUGUUUUUAAAAAAAAAAAAA